GUACUCUUGAGUUCGCCGCCAGUUGUUCAUCAUGAGUAAAAUGUGGGAGGUGGACCCGGAAACGCGGAGUAAGCUACAGGAAAUACAGAAGACAAACGAUAACAACAAGUGCGUCGAUUGCAAUGCGCCGAGUCCACAAUGGGCCUCACCCAAGCUCGGCAUCUUCAUGUGCCUCUCAUGCUCUGGCGUCCACCGCGGUCUCGGGGUACACAUCUCGUUCAUCCGCAGUAUAACGAUGGACGCUUUCAAGGGCGCUGAACUCGCGCGCAUGGCAGCCGGCGGCAACAAACCUUUCCAAGACUUCUUCAACACCCAUACGUCGAACACUAAGGAUGGGAGAACGUUCGAGGCUUCGACGAUCCAAGAGCGGUACGACUCUGAGGCUGGCGAUGAGUGGAAGGAAAGACUGAGUUGCAAGGUCGAAAGCAGGGAGUUUGACAAAAGCAACCUACCCAAGAGACUCCCGAAGAAAGAAACCACGGCUGCUGGUGCUGGUGCUCCAUUGAGUGGACGAGCAAGCGCAGCAGGGAGCAGAAGCCAAACACCCCUAGGCAAGACACGAAACAGUGACGCCAGCUUCGGCCGUUCAGGCUCACCCGCACUCGGCACGAACGCGAUGUCUCAGAAAACGAAGAACGAGUCCUAUUUUGCGAAGAUGGGUGCUGAGAACGCAAACCGCAGUGAUGACGUAGCGCCCAACCAAGGCGGGAAGUACGCUGGCUUUGGAAGUGAGCCUGACUCGUGGAAGAAGGACGAGCCUGAUGCCCCACCUGAGUUGGCAGAUUUCCAGAAGGAUCCUGUUGCGGCGUUGACCAAGAGCUUUGGAUGGUUAGGCGCGAGUGUGAGUAAGGUGGGUAAGACAGGAUACGAGGGGUGGGUAAAGCCCGGGAUGCAAAAGCUCGCCGAAGCAGACAUUGCCUCUCAAGCCCGCACAACUGCAGGCACCUUAGGUCAGACUAUCCAGUCUUCCGCCGCCAACGCCGGCACGGCUUUCAACCGCUUUGUGGAAGGCGAAAACGUCUCGGGUACGCGUGGCGCUGCCGCACAGCCUGAGCGUAAGGAUUUCUGGGAAUCGUUUGGUGCUUCACCUGCGGGACCGGGCAAAGACAAACAGGACUUCUGGGACGAAUUCUCGAGCGCAGGAGAGACAAGGACAAGCGGAGGUCUGGGGGAGAGGAAGAAACCGAGUGGUAUCGGAACAAGUGCUGUCAAGAAGACCACGCCGGGGUCAGGGCCGGCAGGGAAGAAGGACGAUGAUACCUGGGGCGAUUGGUAGGUCCGGGCUCUGUAGAGAAGAAGAGGUGCCAUUGGCGCUGGGAUUUGGUAUGGAGUUCUGGCGUAGUUGAAUAGGGCGGCGAGUUGGGUAAGUAGGUAUGUAUUUAAGUCACGUUCGAGUUUUGUCAUGCUUCUCCGUCAGUCUCCUGUCGUAUGAAUUUGUGAGAAUGGUAAGGGCUUGCGCCUGUUACACUGAGUUGCUUUCUAUGAAUGUUUAUCUGAUUCUUAUGUUCUUCAUUCUUUAAUUCUGCGAUCUGCUCAGCAUCGGCAUGGGGUUUCUCGUAAGAUUGUUUACUUACACGCCAACUAUGGCACUAACAGGAAGAAGACGAUUACUGAACAUUCGCAGUGGACUUGUAGUUUCUCACCAAUUCAUCAUUUCCAAGCAAACUCAUCAAAAUCAUUACAUUACAGUAACCUGAGCUAUACAUCCAUCAUUCAUAUGGUUUCAUCUUCAGUUGGCUUAUGGAGGUUAAUCGUCUGGGCAGGCAGG